AUGAGACCCAAAUUAUCCGAACUCUUGGUCAAUAUCAAUAGAAAUAUCGACCUUUUGUCCCGCGCAAAAGAUUGGAAAGCGCUGAGAAGAGAUUGGGAGGACAUUCAAAAGGUUACAGAGAAGCCAGGAGACAUUUGGAAUGAUCCACCGGCAGCAGCCAAAUUGCAAAAACGCUCCGCGCGACUUCUAAAUGAGAUGGAAACUUAUGAAAAGUUGACGAAGAAGGCGAUGGAAGUUAAGGAGCUGACUACGCAAGAAGAAAAUGAUCAGGACUUGUUUGAGGAGAUCUCGAGUGACGCAUAUUCCUUGGACCAUGAAUUGCGAAAUUUUACCCUGACAUCACUGAUGAACGAGGACGCCGAUCAAAAUGGAUGUAUCAUCCAAAUCACACCUGGGGCUGGUGGCGUAGACAGCGGUGAUUGGGCAGACAUGCUAUUUAGAAUGUACGAAAAAUGGGGCGCGAAGAGUGGUUUUCAAGUCAGAACAUUGGAUUAUGUAAGUGAUGAAGUUGCAGGAUGCAAGUCGGCUUCCUUAAAAAUUGAUGGCGAUUAUGCUUACGGUUGGUCAAAACAUGAGUCUGGGAUUCAUCGUUUAGUUAGAAUCUCACCUUUUGAUGCGCAGGGUAGAAGGCAUACAUCGUUUGCCUCUGUAGUAGUUCUUCCAUCAGUUGACGAUGACACGGACGACCGUGCAACAAUGGAUAUCCAUAGUUCUGAUCUUAAGAUAGACACAUUUCGAUCCAGCGGGGCUGGCGGGCAACAUGUGAAUGUGACUGCAAGUGCCGUUAGAAUUACACAUAUCCCUACCAAGAUAGUGGUGCAGUGCCAGAAUGAAAGAUCACAGCACUCGAACAAGUCGACUGCGAUGGAAAUGCUUCGGGCUAGGCUCUAUGAUAAGAUGCUGAAAGAAAGAAACGCGGCGAAACAUGAUAUGUACUCGGCGUUGCCAAAAAAUUCGUGGGGAUCACAAAUCAGGUCUUACAUAUUGUAUCCUUAUCAGUUAAUCAAGGAUCUAAGAACCGGAUAUGAAAUUUCGAACGUCGAUUCUGUAUUGAACAACGGCGAAUUAGAUGAGUAUGUAGAUUAUCAAGAUAAAAAAUUUCAGAAUCUUUGA